UUAAAAAUACUCCAUAUUCUCCCAGCAAUCCUAUCAAAAUGAACUGACGUACAGGUUUUAGUGGAAAAACUAUUGGACAUGAAUGGUUUAGAGUGAAUAAAGGUGAGGGGUAUGUGCCUCAGAGAAGGAAGUCGACGGUGGUACCUGAUAUUUUAUUGAUGAAAUCGGUACAAGCAAUGCUAAAGAACAUUAAUAAAUAGAAGGAGGUCUUGAAAAAUUUCUACACCUCCGAAAAAGAAUCCCUAUAUUGAACGGAUCAGGAGUCAGUCAGUAGAGCACCCUCUUGAAAAUGUCCCUGGGUUCUGUCGGUUAGACAUGAUUACCCAGAAAGGCAAAUAGCUUCCUUCCUGACCUCAAGAUUGAGGCUAACAAUGACCUUCUAAAUCCGAAUGUGAUGAAGUUGUUCUUUGAGAAGGUAUUCCACAACGACUCAGUCAAUUUCCUACAUAAUAAGAUCAAAGACUUAAAGUAAAAAGCAAAGAGAGAGACUACAGAAAAUUGAGAUGGCAUUUACUCUAAAGCCAAAUAUUAAAAAAUCCGAGCUAUUUCGAGCUAAUAGUAUGAGAAAAUUCAAACGAGAAAUAACUCGGCUUUCAGGAAUGAUCGAGGUCCUUGAAGGCAAAAAUCCAUUCAAAGACGGCGCUUUUGGCCGAAUCGUUUCAAAAAUUCACCACCAGGAAUUCUUUAAGACAAAUUUCAAGCUUGAGUCUAUCAAUUCCCAAUUCAAGGAUCUUUCUGAUAAACAGAAGCUAUUACUACUGGAUUGGGUGAUAGAGAGGUUUUACGAAGUCGACCUUGAAAAGCAAAAACAGUUUAUCUGCGAUAAUCGGAAGAUCAAUAAGGUGUAUAUUUCCAAAGACAGUUUGAACCAAAACCCGCUAAGGGAAAAAUCCCUACCUAAUAAAAAGUUCUUCAUGAAAAGGAGACAGAAGAUUUCGGACGACAAAGCUAGUGAUUUUAAUAGUGUCUCAGAUUCUGAAGAUAUUGAGUCGAAGGAGUUUGAAUUAUCUCUUCAGCCAACCUUGUUUUCAAUGAAAUUUACGAAAGAUAAGAUAAAAUUUAAUAAGAAAUCAAAGAUUAAGAGCAAAGCUCUCUAUGUGCGCAGAACUCCUGUUGAAAAGGAGACGGAAAGAUAUCAGGAUUAUGAAGUUAACAAGAUUAAUAGUGAUAUCAAAGAUAUUAUCAUUAAAGAAUAAAAAUAGACAUGUUUGGAAAUC